AUGGCGCAUAUUACCAGAAAUAGGCGACUCAAUCCACCUAAUUCAAGUAGAAAAAAACUACUGAUAUGCUUCUUCAUUGGUAUCAGCAGUCUGGUCAUAGCUACUUUGCUGGUGACCAUAGAUCCUGUAUUAGUUAUAGCUCAGUUUAUAAGUCGAAUCGAAAAAAACACAGUAAUAUACAACGCGUUGUCGACGGAAUUGCGCGGUGUGUUCGUGGGUACAUACCUGUUCAACGUGACCAACCCUAAGGAGUUCCUGUCUGGACAGGACGAGAAGCUGAAGGUGGAAGAAAUUGGCCCGUUCACAUAUCAAGAGCUACGGUCACAGGAAGGAUUGGAGUUAGGGACAGAUGAGGGCGUGAUGAGGUACUCUCCGAAGACCAGGACUGAGUUCAUACCGGAGAAGUCGAUCGGGGACCCUAAAGAUGUCAUAGUGUCCAUGCCGAAUAUUGCUUACCUGAGCAUGACUUCAAUGGUCAGCACAAUGCCUUAUUUUUCAAGACUGGGGUUCAAUCUUUUGACAAUGCGCCUCAACUCUCAACCUAUAAGGAACAUGACGGCGUACGAUUACUUAUGGGGUUACAAUGAAGAUCUCAUUACCCUCGGUAACACCAUCCUACCGGGAUGGAUUAGCUUUGGCAAAAUGGGAAUAUUGGAUAGGAUGUAUGAUAACACAGUGGACUAUCGUAUAGAGUUGGGUGCUACCAACGCCAACAAGUUCGAUAUAAAAAAAAUGAACGGCCACGACCGUCUGACUGCUUGGGACUACACGGAUGGUAACAGAAAAUCAAAAUGCAAUGAAUUUCGCAACGCUUACGAAGGUAUCGGAUACCCCGCAAACAUGUCCCCAGACAGGGAGAUCAGGAUAUACAGGAACGUCCUCUGCCGGUUUCUUGAGCUGGACUAUGUGGAGACCAGACCUAUGAAGCCGGGAAUUAACAGCCUGGUGUACACUAUCAGUAACAGGACUUUUACAUUGAACCCUGAUACAGAGUGUCUUUGUCAAAAAGGAAUGUGUAUUGAGGGGAUUUCUGAUCUGUCCCCAUGCUUUUAUGGUCUUCCCCUGUCUUUGUCUGCUGCUCAUUUCACGGGAGCUAAUCCAAAACUGUACAGCCACAUCGACGGAUUGAAGCCAGAUCUUAACAGAUUUUCCAGUGAAUUUGUUAUAGAGCCGAAAAUCGGCAUGGUGCUCGACACUUUCUUCACCGUCCAAGUGAACAUCGUCGUUAAAGACGUCAGAUUUAACGCAGCCACCAGCAAGUUUUCAGACAUUGUGAUUCCAGUCGCCUAUUUCAGAAUUUACCAACCGCCGUUGACAGAAAAUGACGAGCAUACACUACAACUUGUAUACGUCAUCGGACCAUACAUCACUUUGGGAUUUGUGGUCGCUCUAUACCUCAUAUCUUUUAUAGCACUAUCGUACUGGAUACGAAUGCUGUACUGGAAUUGGUUAUGCUCUCAAGACAAGGGAAUGGCUUUCGAAGCGGAGGGCAACUCGAAAAUAAAGGGAGGUUUUCUUAUAUCUGCAUUUCCACUCUUACGAUGA